UUGGCGAAAAUACAUGAAUUGAUUAAAUGGUGUCUGAGGAGUAUUAAAAGGAGCCACCAACAGACGGUUUCAGAUCAGUUUUCCUCUUCGAAGCCAGGAUGAAUCAACUUCUGCUUAUAUUUUGCUUCACGUUUUCGGUUGUAAUUACACAAAAACCAGAACACACUAUAAAUGAUGAUGAAGCAGUGGACAAAAUUCUUCACUUGAACACCCCGGGUCAGGUCAUUGAAAGACUUACAGAAAAAACGGAACUUGGCGACAAAUUUGACAUCAGGUUUGAACUGGCGGCCACGUUCGGGACACUCCAAUUCGAAUCUUUGAAGACGAUCGAUGACAAUUUAAAAAUAAUGGUUGCUGGUGCUAUAAGUGAAAUGGAUAAGCUGAAUAAAACAAGUUGGGAAGGUCUUUUGGAUUCUUUGGACAGAAUACCAUAUUUGGAAAUGGUUGGUGAAAGAAGAAACUUUUCUGAAAGCGUAAUGUCGAAAACAACAACCACAAUACUGGAUUUUUCUAGCGGUGCAAUCGACCAUAAGCUGAUUUACGCCGCCGAAAAAUGGUUAGACGGGAUUAUAGGAAAAAACCUCAUGUUAAGUGAGCUUAACAUAAAUAUUACCGAUUUAGCUUAUUUCCUCGGAAAAGGGGAACAAAUUACGAUCAAAAACGCACUUUUGGGUAGUGACAUUAAAAGGAAAGAUAUGAUGGAUUUGGCAAUUUUACGAUUCCCUGAUGUCAUGAAUCCAUACCUCAGCGUGUUUAUGCUCCGUUUUGACUUUUUAAGAGACUCACUACGCCUUUUCGUCAUAGAAAGUGUCGUCGCCGCGAUCCGUGGCCGCUUCAACUACGCUAAAUACGUACCCAAUGAAGAGUACUUAAAACAGUUGCGGGAAGACACCAGACAAACUCUGGUGAAAGAUGUCAAUACAUUGUUUGGUAUGUAAUGCCUCAGUGAUAUUGUAAUAUAAAAAUUCUUUUGCUUUUCUUAUGAACACAAUGUACUGAAGUUGGAAUCUCUGAUGGUGUAGUGUAAGAUGAUGAUAAUGAUGAUGAUGAUGAUGAUGAUGAUGAUGAUGACGACCACGAUGAAAAUGACGGUGGAGAUAAUCAUAACAAGGAUAUAUUUGCCUCGAUUUCCUUUUAGCGUUUUUUUUUUCUAGAUUUCACCCUAUCCUGAAAAAGGACAGUAAUUCGAAACGUCAUUUAAAUAAACGCUCUCCAUUUCUCGGAGAAAAUAAUUUCGAUU